AUGAAGUCUGCAGCAAAUCAAAAGGAUUUCUAUGUGGAGUUCAGAUUCAAACUUCAAACUGCCCUGCACAAGAGGACUUGGAAUUUGAUUCCUUACAAUGGAGGCAGCAGCACUAUGGCUUGGCCAAGUGAAGAAAUAGAAGGCUGGAGAAGCCUGGUUGUACAAGCAGGCAAGGUCCCAAUCUGUGGGUUCUGCAUGUUGAAGACUCUGAGCCACCAGUUCCACCAACAGAACCUGCUCUAUAUCUAUGGGCCCAAGUGGAGCUCACCCAUGAUCCCUGAUUUCCAGGACAACCAGCACUCAGUUCCACAGGAUCCACAAUGCAGACUGGGAAUCGUGGGUCUGAAUCUUCCUGAGUCCAGUCUUUGUCUCCUGCUGCUGUUGGGACUUGUCCUAAUGCUUGCCUCAUGCNAGCAACCAACCCUUUCCCAGAAGUUUUACACCAAGCAUAUCUAUAAUAGCACCUCCCGAUGUGAUGAGGUAAUUUGGGUUGUUAACAGGUAUAGACCAACAUGUGAGGACAUAAAUACUUUUUUUCACACAACUUUUGCUGAUGUUGGUGUGUGUGGCCAUCCAAAUAUCACCUGCAAAAACUUGACAAUAAAAAAUUGCCAUGCUAGUUCAUUUCAGGUAUUUAUAACUUUUUGUCACCUCCCUACCCUGACAAGAAUAUACACACAAUGCAGAUACCAAACGACAGGAUCAGUGAAGUACCACAGAGUGGCUUGUGAGAACAGAACUCCACAGGACACUCCCAUCUAUCCAGUGGUUCCAGUUCACUCGAAUGGGACAUUUUAG